CUACUACAGGGAGGUUGAUUGCCUUGCCUCAUCUCUCUCUCUCUUCUCUCUCCACAAGUUUUCCUUUCUUUUCCUUUUACAUCUGAUCUUCUCUUUCACUAUAGUUUUGUGGGUUUUUACCAAAACAAGCAACUGAUUAGGUUCUCCACUCAACUAUCACUCCUAUAAAUAUAUAUGUAAUUACAGUGUUUUUGUUUAAUCUAAAGAAAGGGUUUUUGAUGUGGUCUAAGCUAGGCUAUGAUGGAGAACAUAUAUAGGAAUUUCAUUGCUGCUUUGGAGGUGACUGGCUGAGAGCUGAUACCCUCUUUCUUUUCUGGUGAUAGUAUUGUAUUUACCAAAAAAGGCACCUGGAGAAUCAGCCAAAACUUGCCCCCUAGCUAAAUAUAUACACCUACCUAGGUGCUGCUGUUUCCUUCUUUAGUUUUCUUGAUUUGCUAGGAAUUUUCCUCUCACAACAGGCCAGAUUUGUGCUAUUCCCUUUUCUGGGCACUUUGGUUUUGCUAUAUUUUUUGGUUCCAACCAGAAGGCUCUCUCUCAUCUUUCUGCAAUUUGGGGUUCAUCAGUUCUAAAAGAUCUCGAGAUGGUGAGGGGGAAGACGCAGAUGCGGCGUAUAGAGAACGCCACAAGCAGGCAGGUGACUUUCUCCAAGAGGAGAAAUGGUCUGCUCAAGAAGGCCUUUGAGCUGUCUGUGCUGUGUGAUGCUGAGGUUGCUCUUAUCAUCUUCUCUCCCAGGGGCAAGCUCUAUGAGUUUGCUAGCUCAAGCAUGAGGGAGAUUAUAGAGCGAUAUCGCAGGCAUACAGCAGAUGUUCAAGCUGAGAACCCAUCAGUGGAACAAGAACAGGACAUGCAGCAUUUGCAGCAUGAAACUGAAUGCCUGGCAAAGAAAAUAGAUUACCUUGAAGCAUCAAAGCGGAGGCUUUUGGGGGAAGAUUUGGGAGCGUGUGCCAUGGAAGAGUUACAACAGAUAGAGCAACAGCUGGAGAGGAGCGUGAACAUCAUCCGAGCUAGAAAGAUGGAAGUCUACGCAGAACAGAUUAAGCGGUUAAGAGAUAAGGAAGAAAGCCUAAAGGCUGAAAAUGCAGUGCUUUGGGAUAAGUAUAAUGGGCUGCAGCCACAGCAAGUAUCGAACGAAGGGAAUGAGAAGGAGAGCGCAGAGGGCAGUGAAAAAUCAGACGUCGAGACUGAAUUAUUCAUUGGACUGCCAGAGAGCAGGGCAAAGCCUGUGCUAUCUAAUGAAAGGUGAAUGAUCUUGGGGCAUGGUGUCCUUCAAGGCUGAGCUAAUUUUAUAUGUACACCCACAUAUAUAGAGAUAUCUGCAUGUGUUGAUCCCUAAAAUUCCAUUUUGCUGUUAAGCAAGCAAUAAAACUCCCAUAGUGUUGUUGUGAGUGGCUCAUUUUCAACUGUAACUGGCUGCACUCAUAGUUUGAAACUGUAACUGAAGUUCUGGAUACAUAUGUAUAUCAUCACUGCAUUUGGAAAGUCUCGAGUGGCUGUCGAGAUCUUUUGUGGUUCUGCAGUGGCUUUGUUGGCCCUGCAAGUUCAAUAUGCAGAAUUUUUCUGUUGUCCUCCA